AUUGUAUGGCAUUAUUCAGACUGUUGUGAACAUGUUUUUGAAAGAAGCAAUCGGCUGCGAAUUGGUCAUACAUAUAUAAGGCCUGCAUAGCGGUUGAUUAAACAGUUCCAAUCGAAUACACGAUCCGAUUCCGCUGAGAAUGAAGUUCACUUUCAUUUUCGCUUGCCUGGCCCUACUUGUGGCCCACACCAGGGCCCAGACCUACUGCGCUGGGCGUCCCGGCAUCCAGCUAUGCACAGGCGGCAGGGAUGAAGGCAAUAACAAUCGUGCGACGUGUCAGGAGAGAGCCAUGAGAGAAAUGUGGUGGUAUAACGCACGCAUCAACGACUGCCAGAAGAUGAAGUUUUUGGGAUGUAAUGGGAACAGAAACCGCUACUGCUCCCUCGGCAGCUGUCGCAGUAGGUGCAAACGCCCCUAGGAGAAUGGGCGCCACUUGCUUCUGUCCCGAAUGAAUGAGCACUAAUAAAUAUGAAAGCCUCAGCAGACAGAAGGAAACUAGUUUUGAUCAGAAUCAGGUUGAUCCGUCUAUU